GGCAAAUUUCAAGGCCGUUGUCUUCUUUUCUGUGCGAAGUUGAGUUUCAUAACAGAAAUUCUACCAAAAACCAAGAUGGCAAAUAGGGACAAAGCGGCUGAACAGAUGAACGAAUUUAAGAGGCAGCAGGGUGAUGCCGAAACCCUGACAACAGGAACAGGUGCUCCUGUUGGUGCCAAGAAUGCUACAUUGACAGUGGGACCUCGUGGUCCAAUUCUUCUACAAGAUUUCGUCUUCACGGAUGAAAUGGCUCAUUUUAACAGAGAGAGAAUCCCUGAAAGAGUUGUCCAUGCUAAAGGGGCAGGUGCACUGGGUUAUUUUGAGGUGACCCAUGAUAUUUCUAAAUAUUGUAAAGCUAAGGUAUUUGAUACAGUUGGAAAGAGAACCCCAGUCGCUGUUAGAUUCUCUACUGUAGGAGGUGAAAAAGGUUCAGCUGAUACUGCCAGAGAUCCAAGAGGUUUUGCUGUUAAAUUUUACACCGAGGAUGGAAACUGGGAUUUAGUUGGAAACAACACUCCAAUAUUUUUCAUCCGAGAUCCUUUUCUAUUUCCAAGCUUUAUUCAUACACAGAAGAGAAAUCCAGUUACAAAUUUAAAGGAUCCUGAUAUGUUUUGGGAUUUUAUCUCGUUACGGCCAGAAACAGCUCACCAGGUGUCUUUCCUGUUCUCUGACCGAGGUACGCCAGACGGGUACAGACAUAUGAAUGGUUAUGGAAGUCACACCUUUAAAAUGAUCAAUAACGACAAUAAAGGAGUUUACUGUAAAUUUCAUUUUAAGACUGAUCAAGGUAUUAAAUGUCUGAGAGCUGAGAAAGCAGGAGAAUUAUCUGCCAGUGAUCCAGACUACUCUACACGAGACCUAUAUAACGCUAUACGUGAAGGUAACUCACCAUCCUGGACUGUGUAUAUUCAAGUCAUGUCUUAUGAAGAAGCUGAGAGAUUUAGAUGGAAUCCAUUUGAUUUGUCAAAGGUGUGGCCCCAGGGUGAAUAUCCCUUACUACCAUUGGGUAAAAUGGUGCUGAAUAAAAACCCUAAAAAUUACUUUACUGAGGUUGAACAGAUAGCCUUUUCACCAGCUCAUAUGGUACCAGGGAUUGAGGCCAGUCCGGAUAAAAUGUUACAGGGGCGAUUAUUUUCGUAUUCUGACACCCACAGACAUCGUCUAGGAAGUAAUUACCUACAGAUUCCUAUCAACUGUCCAUAUAACGCUAGGACCAGAACUUAUCAACGAGACGGCCCACAAUGUGUUGAUGAUAAUCAAGGUGGAGCACCAAAUUAUUUCCCGAACAGUUUCAGUGGCCCCCAGGAUAACCCCAAACAUCUAGAAUGUCCGUUUAAAUUGUCUGGAGACGUGACGAGAUAUAACACAGCAGAUGAUGAUAAUUUUAGUCAAGUUGGAAUUUUCUGGAGAAAGGUAUUAAAUCCAGAAGAAAGAGAAAGAUUGGUUCAGAAUAUGGCUGGGAAUUUAAAAGAUGCUCAGGAAUUUAUUCAGAAACGAGCUGUUCAUAAUUUUGGUCAAGCAGAUGCUGAGUAUGGCAGAAAAUUACAGGAGGCUUUGAAUGCAUAUAAACGAGCACAGGGAGGAGUAUCAGCCAAUCUGUAAAAAACAGAAUAAGUGAUUAUUGAUGAACCUGAUGUUGGAAAGAUUUAUGUAUAUUGAUGAAAAGAUAAACCAUUGAUUACUUGUCAUGUGAUUUCAUCAGUCUUUAUAUUGUUUUAUUUAUUCAAUUCCAAUGCAUGUGAAAUUACUUCUAUUAAUACUGUGACUACGAUUUAUUUUCAAAAUGGGGUUAACUGAUAUGGCGUACUACUUGUUGGUGGUCUGAUAAUUUUAAAAUGGGGAUAAAAGGAGGGUAACUUCCAUUUCCUCAUGUGAGGUCCGACUCUCUUGCAAUUCCAGAAAAAUUGUAAAUUGAAACUAUGGUCACCUUUCUGCUAUUAUUUACAAAAUGGCGUUGCUAGGAGUCAUUAAAUAAGAUAUCUACCCAUGAGGAUGUCAAUAUUGCCCCGAAGUGACAACAGCUGAUAUUUACAGAUAGAAAUAUAAACUCAGAAACUAGAACAUGUUGUUACUCAGAGUAACUGUGCGAUCUUCAGACAACUGAUCUAUUUCAGCCAGCCUCUCAGCUGAUAAGUAAACACUUAGUAUAUAUAUUCCUUGAAAGUAUAUCAGAUGUUUCAAUAGUUUAUUUGGAGUAUUAAGAUGUAAAAUAAUUGUGCAAUUAGACGUUGAUUAUGAUUGUAAUUUUUCUUCAAUCUUUUAUUAUCAAAUAAACUAAUAUGUAAUGAUCAA